AUGGUGUCGACAUGUACCGAAGGACGGACGACGAUUUAUGAAGACGAGAACUGUGUAACGGUGGUCGUACACUGGCUGAUGAAAGUAUCACCGGCGGUGACAGAUCACGGAAUCAGAGUGAUCUGGAGCUCGUGUUACAUGUCAAGAGAUCGAAUGGCUCAGGAAUCUGCAAUGAGGAACAAUGGAUUGACAAAGGUGUUGCUCGUGAUGCAGAGUAAUUGCUCCGACACGGUGAGGCAAAUCGGUGCGUCGUUGAUAAUCGCAACCAAGAACAAAGCGUCGCAGAUCUGGUUUGUUGUGUUAGAUUGCAAAUGUGUUGAUUCUUUGAUGCCAAUCCCAAUCAAUCGUCUAUUCCUUUGA